AUGGCUUCUAGCAAAGUAGAACGCAGCAGAGUAGCCGUCUGCGGACUUGGCAUUGCUGGUAUUGCGGCUGUGAAGAAUUUGACAGAGGUUGGAUUUGACGUUACUGGAUUCGAAGCCGCCGAUGCGAUUGGCGGCCUUUGGCAUUACUCAGAAGACAAUAGAACGACAUGCUUGUCCAAUACGGAAGCAUUGGUUCGGAGGAGCGCAUUCGGCUUUUCCGAUUUUCCCUACGCUCCUGGCAAUCCCGAAGUUCGCCUUCGUCCGAACGAAAUCCAGGCAUUUCUUGAGUCAUAUGCUCGACACUUCAAUAUUGUGUCUCGGUUUCAACUCAAUACAAAAGUGACAGCUGUCAAUCGAAUUGGAAAUAAAUGGCAUUUGACUCUCACGCGUAAAGAAGGUCAUCAAGAGGAACAAGCGUUUGACAGAUUGGUGGUAUGCACUGGGCUCUUUCAGACCCCGAGAAAACCCCACGUUGAAGGGCUCGACGAGUUUGAAGGCCAAAUACUCAACACUCAAACUUAUAAAAAGCCGGAUAUUGCCAAAGGGAAACGUGUACUGAUCGUUGGUCUCGGCGCUACGGCAACAGACAUGGCCAGAGGCCUUGCGGGAAUCGCCAAAGAAAUCUUUAUUUCUCAUAGAACUGGAUGUCUUGUGCUGCCAUUCAGCAAAGGAAACGAUGUUUGUUUCCCAUCUCUUCGUAAACAGCACGAGAAGGCAAAUGCGCCAGGUAUAGAACAGAAGCAGAUGCUUAACAGCGCUCUCAUGAAAUUGCAAGAUGAAUCUUUUGACCUUAAGCCGGAAUGGGGCCUCGGAAACGCUCCCUCGUUGCCUCAGAAAUUACCAAUCAUUGGAGACGGAUUUUACGACCUUUUAAUUUCUGGAACAGUUACAUUAGUGCCUGGUUUGAAACGAGUCCAUCGCUCUCAUGUAGAACUAACAGACGGGAAAAUUAUAGAAGUCGAUACUAUCAUAUUCUCGAUUGGCUACGAUAGGUCGUAUUCUUUACUGGGCCCUUACGACCCGUCCCGGAAUAUGCCACAAGCUUGGAAAGACUCUCCUGGCUCAAUGGGGCGACCCCUUCCACGGCUUUACCAGGGGAUCUUUUCUCUAGACUUCCCGGAUUCUCUUGCAUCUUCAACACAUGUAGGCUCCACUUUGUCGGCCACGAUGAACGGGGAUACGGCAUCAAUGGCGCUCGCUCAGGUGUGGCUGGGCAAUUCCAAGCUGCCUUCUCUUGAGGAAAUGACGAUGAGUGCCGACAAACAAAACAGCAUGGCCAUAGAACUGGCCAACAAAGGGGGAGUUUAUGAUCCUGCACUUGUGGACGCAAGGGAAUGGAGCCUCUGGGCGGACAAAGCAGCGGGAUUUGGCAUUCAAGAUCGACUUGGGUAUGGGUGGAAAGCUUGGUGGCUUCGAUUCACUGAUCCUCGUCUUUACAAAACACUUUUGGAUGGGCAAUUUGUGCCACAGGUUUAUCGACUUUUUGAUGAGGGCAAGCGGCCAGCGUGGAAAGAUGCUCGAGAGGCGCUCUUCAAGGCGAAUGAAGCCGAGUAG